GGGGCUUCUGCUUCUGUCUACAGCAAGUUUUCUCCGCGUUUCAGAGAUUCAGCCAACAUGCCUGAAGCAUGACGGCAAACUGGUUGAGCUGGGUGAGGAGAAGAGGAGAGAGGAGAAGAGGCAUGUAAGAGAAAAGUUUUCUUUCAAACUCCCAGCUGGAAACAUGGAGAAAAGCGCGACGCAGCAGUGGAGAAAAACUCGCUGAACGGGGAGGAGGAUGGUCGGAAAGUUUAACCUCCGCAAAGCCUGACGAGGAAAUAUAACAGAGCAUGGCGCGCCGUUCUCAGUGUUCCUCUGUUGGGGACAACCCCCUGGACCCCAAUUACCUCCCUCCCCACUACCGGGAGGAGUACCGGCUGGCUGUCGACGCCCUGGUGGAGGACAGCUUGGAAGGAUACUAUCAGUGCCUCCAAAACGUGGAUGUGGUGGACUUCCUGUCCCCGGCUGAGAUCCAGUACAUCCAGAGCGUCAUUCAGCCUCCGAAGCAGAGCAUCCUCUCUGAGCAGCAGUUCCUGGACAGCGAGGGAGAAGGCUCCUCAGACACCUACUGGCCCAUUCACUCCGACCUGGACGUCCCCGGUCUGGACCUCGGAUGGCCUCAGAUGCACCACUUCAUUGAGCCCACAGAGGUCACGACCCUGGUUAACCCCCCGGAGCCGGACAUGCCGAGCAUCAAGGAGCAGGCCCGGCGGCUGAUUAAGAACGCCCAGCAGGUCAUCGCUAUAGUGAUGGACAUGUUUACUGAUGUUGACAUAUUUGCGGAUAUUCUCAACGCCGCUGGGAGGAGAGUUGCUGUCUACAUCCUGCUGGAUGAGCAGAAUGCUGAUCUCUUUGUGAACAUGGUGGCCAACUGCAGAGUCAAUCUGCAGGCCUUCCCAUUCCUACGCUUGAGAACAGUAUCUGGAAUAACAUAUCAGUGCCGCUCUGGGAAAACCUUCAAAGGCCAGAUGAUGGAUCGCUUCCUGCUAACCGACUGCAGAGCUGUGCUGAGUGGAAAUUACAGCUUCAUGUGGUCUUUUGAGAAGCUGCACCGCUGCAUGGCCCACCUCUUCCUUGGACAGCUGGUGACCACCUUCGACGAGGAGUUCCGGAUUCUCUUCGCUCAGUCGCAGCCGCUGAAUGUUGAGAACAUGCUUGCUCAGAUGGAGGAUUUAAAAGUUUUACAAAAGAGACAAUUUCCCAAUGAAAGCUCUUCACUGUACAGAGAGCCUAAAAGAUUCCCGACUCUGGACAUUCCUUCUGAUGACUGGGGAGGACAUCCGUAUGAUGAUCAACUCGAAGGGAAUUUGAGGAUUAUGGCUCUAAAGAGGCAGGGGUCUCUUCGCGGCCCUGCAGAUAUGUAUAAUAGGUUUGGUUCCCAACAGUCGCACAUGGACCCCGGUUUUGACCCGGGUCCUUCACGGCAUUUGAUGACAGAUAAUCCUGCCUUAAAGCGUCACUCUUAUACCGAAGAUGUUCCUGGCAGAUACACAUUCCCAUUAAUGCCACAACAGGGAAUGCCAGACUCUGAGCCAAGGGGAAAACCUUUUUUCCCCUUGCAGUCUUUUCCUGGACCAGAAGAAGAGUACAGCAGCCUUGAUAAGUUCUGGAACCACAGCUAUCUGCCUGAACAGUACCCUGUACCGGCUUUACAACAAGAAGUACCAACAGAAUUUGAUCCUGUUCUUAACUAUUUAUCAUCCACCAGAAAUCUAGAUGUUGAUCAAGGCACAGAUAAACUACAACCACCAGUGGAUUUUUUAUUUACUUCCCCUCAACCCAAAAGACUGGGGGUAGGGCAGCCAUAUGCCUGUCAAACCUCUCCAACGCCUUCCAACUCUGCUGAUCAGAAGCCUUUUUUUCAUGACCUGACCUUGAACCGCAAGGAUCCCACUGUGAAACAAAAGCUGAGAAAUUGGAGGAUUGGCUCAUACCUUAAUACAUAUGAUAAUCCAGAGGAAGAAGGCCUGCCAAUGGUGUCAACUCAGCCGCCAGACACUUUUGAGGAACCUUUGAAUCCCAUCCAACAAUCGGCCCAGCUACUAGAUCUACCAUCUUCUAAAAUACCCAAUGUCAAAGAGUUUAAGGUUACCACUGUACCUAGAGUCAGCCAAAUGCCAGGCUUUGCCAAAGCAGUCACACAAGAGAACUUGAAGAAAGCUCUGGAUGACCCUGUUCCAGUGGUGAUAGAAACCAAAACCACACCAGCAUCCUCAGAAACCUCCUACACAGCUGAAGAGAGAAAAACUAAGGAGGAGGACCAAAAACCGCCAAUAAGCACAGGGCUUCAAAGAGAUGACUCUUUCAAGAGAAAGUGCAAUCCAGGGGGGUUACGAACCUCCAGAUUAAGGUCUUCUCUGAUUUUCAGCUCCCUGGAGCAACAGACCCCUCAAGAAACUACUACUGCAGACCAAGACGAUGAGGGAGGUGACAAAACCAAAACCGAACAGGCCAAACUCCCCCUUGUUUCACAGGUUUUGGGGCAAAGGAGAUCUACUACAAGAGAACCUUUCGAGUGGAGUCGUUACAUAAAAUCCACUUUGGAAACAGUGAAACCAGAUGAUGUAAGCAAAAAAGAGGAGGAUAAAGACACAUCAAAGGGGAAAAAUUCACAAGACCUUGCAGAUACCCUGGAGGCAAAGGAGGCCAUAAAACCAACAGAUGCAGAGCAAGAUAAUGUUUCACUAUUGAUGCCUGAAGUCAAGCUCCCUAAACUAAAGGCACCCAAAACUGAUCAACCGGUACAACCGACUGAACCUCUGCUCACCGAUGUCGAUAUGAAUGAUCCAGAUAAGAGGCUCAUGUUUUUUAAAGAGCUGGCAGCAAAACGUAAAGCUGCUAAAGCUACAGAAUCUCAAAAGGAAAAAGAAAAGGCAGAGUUAAAACCACAAUCAGAGCUCAAAAACAUGUCAGUUUGCCAGAAGGAAGAGUCUCUUCCAAAAAGAACUCCUGAAACUUCAGUUGCUAAAGAUUCAGUAAAAAUGCCUGGUGAAAAUAUCAGCAACAAGGACUCCAAUAUCCCAAAACCUUCUACUGAACUCCAAGUCCAGCCUAAGAAAACUGAGUUGGACAGCCAGUCAGUAGGUGGCCUUUCUGUUUCUGCAGAAACAGGUGAUCCUCCAAGUAAACCUCUAGAAGACCCAACUCUGCCAAAUCCUUUUGUUAAAGAUUGGUUUUCAGCACUGAUUCCUCAAUCUAAGCCAACAUCAGUUGAACUGCCUAAAACCGAUCAACCGGUAAAAAUGCCCAAUCCUUUGUUCACAUCUCCAUAUAUAGAUAUGAGCGAUCCAGAUAAUAGGCUCAUGUUCUUCAAAGAGUUGGCUGCAAAACGAAAAGCUUCACAAGCUAAAAAAGGAGAAGAGGAGGCCCCAAUAAAACCACAGUCAGAUCUCCAGAAUACGUCAAUGUCCCAGAAGGAAGAGGAUCCUUCAAAAGGAACACCUGAAAGCAUGGAACCUUCUGUACCAAAGGAUUCAUCAGAAAAUAUCACUACAUUGUCCACAGAGACAUCAAACUCAGAGUCAUCACCCUCUGUGAAGCAUGAUGAAAAUACCAGGAAGCAGGAUAGUCUUGUCAAAAAUGACCCCAAAACUCUCAGUACCUCUGGAGAACAAGCACAAGAAGUUUCUGCUGAAUCAGUGAAAACAGACUCAGAAAGGCAUUCUGCUGAAGAAACCGAAGCAAGUCAGAGCAAAUCACCAGAAAACCCAGCUGUAUCAGAACUUUCUGUCCAAAAGAACUCACUCAAGCAAGCAAAUGUUGCUCACACUGCCGUUUCAUCCCAUGGUGAAGGCACUGACAGAGGAGAACCUCCUACUUUAGAAUAUGUUUCAAUAAUUCCUAGUUUAGGGGAAGGUUCAUCAUCUACUACUCCCCAAAACACUGAAUCAGUUCAGUUAGAAACCAGUAUUUGUUCUCCUCCUCUUCAUUCGGAAGCAGAAACUACAUCGGAAAUAGACUCAGUGCAAAUCUCUACCUCUGCUACUCCUCCACUUGACUCAGUUUUGCAUAACCACCCUGCCAUGACAGAAGAGACCUCAUUUUCUGAUUCUGCACAAGAAGUGUACAGCUCUACAAAUGUUAGCAGCACAACAUUAUCAAAUAUUGAUGAAAUUAAAGCUCAGGAACCUGUUAGCUCCUCACAGCAAGAGCCCUCCAAUAAAAAUUUACAAACCUCUGAUCAAACUCAUCUAGAUGCUGUUUCCCAAUCCGCUUCAUCUGAGAACACCUCAGUCACUGAUGCUGCAAAUACAGAUCCUGUUGUUUCUCCAGACAAAAAGACUGCUGAUCAGGAGCCGGACAAUUUAAAUGCCACCACAGAGACAAACAGGAAAGAAUCUUUUGCUGGUACACCUUUAGAUGAAGGUUUAGAGAAAAAUGUUACUGAAUUAGUGCAAGAGGAGUCAGUUGCAAAAGAGUGUGAGGCCCUUAAAUCCCCUGAAGAUGCUAAAGCUCAAAGCACAUCUCCUGCUGUUUGUCCAUCUAUACCUGAUUCCACUUUGCCCAGUGAAUCUGGUGAUGAAGGCUCAGUCUCUGAACCAGAUUUGGAAAAGACAACUUCAUCUGUCACAGAGCCAGUUGACACCCAUCUUGCAGAUGUACCUACGGAAACAGGAUCACUUGAAAACACGGAGUCUCCUAAAGCCUCACUGUUGGAAAAAAGUGAACUUCCUCAAGAAGUGGCAAUACAAACUGCUCCAUCCUCCAACCUCAAGCUAACAGACUUGAACACACCCUCAGCUCCUGAAAUAUUAGCAUCUUCCUCAACUUCUGAGUCAGUCCGGUCAGGUUUGGACCCUGAAGCUAAGGCAUCGGUAACCAGUGUCUCUACAGAGCAAAACUUCUCAGAUACAAACUCAGUAUCCAAUGAUACUCAACCAAAAUCAGAGGAAUCUCUUGUUCAGCCAACAACUCAAUCACCGAGCAGCCCAAGUGAACCUACCACGGCGGCCCCAGCUGAAGCUGAUUUGCCAUGCAAAAUGUCUGAAGCAGUCACUCCUCAAAACCAAACACCAGAACCAGCUGCACCUCAGGAGAGUAGUAAAAAAGAGGCUGAGUUAGGGGAAACAGAUGAGAAAAAGUCCAACAAUCUAGAGGACAAAGAUAAGAGCCAGAAACCAUCCACUGAGGAUCCUGCAAGCAGGGAGAAAACAAAAGACCAAUCAAAGCAGAGUAACUGCUCCGAAACAGCUGAGGUGACAUCCAAGCAGCCCAAAUCGAGUCAGUCUCGCUACCACUCUUCAACAGUGAAUGUGAUCGCAAGCAGCAACCUCCGAGAUGACACUAAGCUGCUACUGGAGCAGAUUUCUGCCCAAUCCCAAAGCAGGAACGAAGCAACAAAAGAGUCCCCCGUCACAGACGACGAGAAAGAAGACAAGGCUGGCAAAAAGACUAAAAACGAAAAGGAGUUGGGGUACAGGUCAUACAACAGGGGGCAAACUAAAUCAACUCAGGAGAAGGAGAAGCUAUUGGAGAGGAUUCAGAGCAUGAGGAAGGAGAGGAAAGUUUACAGUCGUUUUGAGAUGGCACCUUAGAUGGAAUCCAAGGGACGUUGAGAAAAGGGAAAGACAUUAUUUGAUUCUGCAAGAUGCCUCUUGCUUUUGCCGCAAACAGGCUUUCUACGCACAGAAGGUUGAGAGCAACGACGUUGCCUUCACUUUCCUUCACCGGACAAAACUACCAGCAGUACAGAACGUUGCAAAGCUGUUCAGCCCCAUGUUCAGUAAAGGGUUUGCUUCAUAAAUUUACUUGUAGAAGACAUGAUCAAAGCUGUAUUUACUGACUACAUGGGUAAAAUGCAAUAUGUGCAACAGGAUGUUUAUGUGGUGAUGCCUGUUUUUGCCUUUUUACUGCAGCACUGUCUAAAGUCAACUCGUUAUGUGAUCUUAUAAAAUCUGAAGUAACCAGAAUUUGUAAAGCUGGUAAAACUGUACUAUAAUUUCUUCUGUGAUAUAUUAUUUUCAUUCACUUUAAAGAAAACAUGAUAGAUCUUUGUAGAUUGUGGAGUUGGAAGAGGUGGAUGUGUAGAUUGCGUCCAUGCAGGAAUACAAAGAAAAUCAUGGAACUACCAGAAAGGAUCAGCAGACUGAGAGAAAAUGUCCCAUUUAGCUGUUUUGACAACAGUAAAGUGGUGUUCCGACCAAAUGUGAUAUUUUGCCUAUUCAAUAUGAGAGACAUUGAAACUAAAGGUUAUUUUCAAGCUGUAUGUCAUUGUAUUAGAAGUCUAUUAUAUAUAAAUUACUCCCAAAUUACA